AUCAGAUACUGUUCGCUCCGAAUCCUUGACCCCGACGCUCUUGCCCGCCUGCGAAACAUCAGCGUAGCCGAGAUCCGGGGAUUCAUGCUCUGGUAUCUGGACAACCAUGCUAUGACAAAGCUGAAUUCCUUCUAUGUGCUGAUGCGUUACUGGCGGAUGAUGUACGCUCGGAAGUUAUACCAAAGGCUUGACCUUGUCAUCGCUUCGGAUAUGAAAGACUUCAUCGGCACCGUCAUAAAAAGCGAGUACAGCUUGAGUGAAGGUAUAAAAAAGAAGCCUGUUAUGAACGUAGAUGAUAUAUACUUGCUCCUAUUCUCCUACUGCGCGAUAUCGAACGAGUACUACGCGCACGAGCGGGAAAGAGUUCAACAUAGUCUGAUUAUCCUUUUCAUGAUCAGCACCUCUACAAGGCCGUCGACUCUCGUCGAAGGUGGCGGCUACUAUAACACAAGCGAAUGCCUGAAGUACAAGGAUAUUGAGAUAUUCAAGGUCAACGAUCCAGAACUCCCCUCUCAACAAGUCUUUUCUUAUAAGAGUCCGGCUUCGGCUUCUCAAGGGCCUUCGACAGCGACUGGAUCAAGCAGCCUAAGGACUUCCAUACAUUUUCGGUCCCAUCUCACCAGAAAAGUGUGCAACUACAUUAGAAAGAGUUAAUAUAUGACAUUACGAUUCUCCGGCGAUCUGUUGUUCGCGGCGGAGAGGUGACCAUAUUACCGGAUAAAUCGGUUCAGUAUAUGAAUCUCUAUUACCAGAACGCGCGACUAGGCAUAUCUGCUGGCUUUGCAGAUACUCUCGGGCUAUACAGCUAUCGCAGAGGUGCUGGUGAAGUGAUUGAUUACGUAGCUGGUUCAGAUAUGGGGAGCUUUGUAAUGUAAUGGACCAUGCUCGUACAAGUCUCUUUGAGCGCUAUUAUCGUAAUAGCGUUGUCCAGC